CGUAUUCAAGAAAUAAACAUAAACAGUAACUUUUCAGCUGGACAAAUAAAGCAAUUUUGCCUCAAAAAUACUUUAAAUUCUCUCCAUAUUAUUUAGUAACAUAAAAUAAACACACGAAACACAUUAAAUACAAGCUUUUCCACUGCAACACAUCUUUCCUGCUAUUCCUAUCAAUCCGUCUUGCUGGCACUUUCUCUGUAGCACUCUCUUAAAAAAAAAAUACAAAAAAAAACCAAAAAAUGUCUCUAAAUAUCGGGAAUAAUAAUACAGAUCAGCAAAAUAACUGUAUCGAGGACCAAAUAUCUGCGAUGGCGUCACCAAAUCAAGCCAACUCGCCCAUGCAAAGUGGAUCAGCAGCUGGCGGGAGUGGCGCUCAAGGUGCUAAAAAUUCAGUCGAAAGUGCAAGUCAGAUCUUAACAAAGCCUCGUUUACAAGAACUCGUUCGCGAAAUCGAUCCCACAGAACAACUCGACGAAGAUGUCGAAGAAAUUCUCCUGCAAAUUGCCGACGACUUUAUCGAGAACACAGUAAAUGCCGCCUGCAUGCUCGCGAAACACAGAAAAGUCUCAAAAGUCGAAGUGAAAGAUGUCCAAUUGCAUCUCGAGCGUAACUGGAAUAUGUGGAUACCUGGUUUUGGCACCGAAGAAUUGCGUCCGUAUAAGAGAGCGACGGUGACAGAGGCACACAAACAACGUCUCGCCCUCAUACGUAAAGCGAUCAAAAAGUAUUGAACGAACAUUGUCUUAUUUUAAUUGAUUUUCCCCCCUAAAAUAAUGUAAUAAAAAAAUUCAAAA